AUGGAUACGACCGGAAACCGGGGUGUUUUCUGGGAGCAUUUAAAGCUUCGGCGGUUCCUCCCUUCGAAAGACUCAAGUAGAACGUAUAUAGAUAGAGAGAUACACUUAGAGCCCGUAGUAGCAAUGUCGCAAAGUCUCACAGCACCUCCACCUCCCUCGAGGAUGUUAUUCUACCACCCACGAACCUCACAGAAGCAGCUCUCAAUAACAUUAUUCCUCAACCCCACGCACCAGAGGGGAUGUUUUCAUAUUUUGACUUUGACCCUCAACGGAGUUGAUUCGAGAACUAUGUAG